CUGUCUGUCUUUCAUUGGGUGGACGCUCGUGUUUGGUCUUUUUCUCUCAGGUUUGAGUAAGCUGUGGAUUUCAGUGUCAAGGGAUCAACAUGGUGCGAGUUAUUACAGCUAUUUUGGCUCUAUGUCUGGGUCUUUGUGCAGCUGAUACUUGCACAGAUCCCGUUAUUUCUCCAUCUUCAUACACGACGACAGACGCGCUCAUCUCUUCUGAGACCGUGUUCAUAGUUGAGUUGAGUCUUGCGUGUGCAAACGGAGCACAGAGUGUUGCCUUGUAUGCAGAUGUCAACGGGAAACAGUUUCCUGUGACAAGAGGCCAAGAUGUUGGUAAAUACCAGGUCUCCUGGAGUGUUCCCCACAAGCAGGCCAGUUCAGGCACAUAUCAGGUUAAAUUCUUCGACGAGGAGUCUUACAGUACUCUACGAAAGGCUCAAAGAAAUAAUGAAGAUGUUGAUGCCAUCAAGCCAUUGUUCUCUGUCAAUGUGGAUCACAGGGGUGCAUGGAAUGGUCCCUGGGUGUCUACAGAUGUCUUGGCUGCACUGAUUGGUAUUUUGGUGUACUACCUGGCCUACAGCACCAAAAGUGCCAUCCAGGCUUGAAGUCCACUAAUACAGCAGUGAAGAAGACAUGAGUCCAUAAUCCACCAUUGCUGUUUUUGUUACGUUCACAUUCAGGCAUUAUUCCAUUCUGUUCUGAUAUGCAAAUAAAUCGCAGAACUGUUUCAAUGUAGGAUUAAAGGAUCAGAUGAUGACAAUAAUCAAAACAGUAAAAGUUGGUGGUGUUUUUUAUUUUCUAACAAAGUGUCAAGAAUUUGAAAUUGUAUGUCUGCUGUUAAUAUUAAACCUCAAAAGAACAAAGACUGGGAUGAAUAAUGUGUGACAUCAUCAUGGUCCAGUUCUGUAUUUUGAAAUGUCCCAAAUAUCAAUGAAAUUCAUUGAAUAUGGGAAUAAAUCCAUUUUUUGAAAGCC